AUGUACAAUUAUCAUCAGAAUUCAGGAAGUCAUACACAUAUCUUGAAUAUCUACCACCCACCAAAUCAUCAAAACAAUACUUCAUUUCGCAAUGUACUCCACGGAGCUGGCUCGGAUAUGAUCAAAACCGAACUCACGGCUUAUGGCGAAAAACUCUUUGGCUCAAGCUCAAAUUAUGUGCAUGGUAAUAUUAGUAGAUAUUUGUCGAACCCACAAUACUACUUCGAAGUGGACAAUGAUUAUGUAAUAAACAAAUUGAAGUUGAUUUUGUUCCCAUUUCUAUAUAGGGGACAUUGGAUGAGAGCAACAGAGACACAUGGGGGAGAGUUGAUAUACAAGCCUCCAGUUUAUGAUAUCAAUGCACCAGAUUUAUAUAUUCCAUUGAUGGCAUUUGGUACUUACCUGGUUCUGGCUGGUUUUUUUCUGGGUAUCACUGGAAUUUUUAGCCCAGGAGCUAUGGGAGUGCAACUGACCAACGGCCUUCUUUGCUGGUUAUUCCAAGUUCUUCUGCUUGAAGCUGUGCUACAUUCCCUCGGUGACGGAGACAUACCGUUGCUCGAUGUGGUGGCGUACAGCGGAUACACCUUCGUCGCAGUCUCGGUCGUCUUGCUCGGACGAAUUCUCGGAAUCUACUGCUUUUAUUUUCUAAUUUUCUGGGAAUGUUUGUGCAUGGGAACGUUGCUUGUCAAGAUAAUGAAAAGAGUUUUGAUUGCAGAAGUGAGGAGAUCAGAGAAGCAUUGUUACUCUAGCAAGAGAAAUUAUCUUCUCUUGUUGGUAGCUAUUGCUCAACCUCCAUUAUUAUUCUGGCUUGGUAAUGUAGGUGUUUAG